GCUUAAUCACUAACGAAAUCUCGAUUCCACUUGGCUCUUGACCCUUCCCUAGGCCUCUGGAACUCGGACACAUUUUACUACUAAUUCCUAUUCAUACCUCCAUAUACGCCUAAAAAUAACACCUAGUCCUGUUUUCUAACCACCACACCCGCUCAAAUCCCCGCCUUCGUUCUGUUGGUGUUGGAUGUUGCACAAAGCCCCCAAGUCCAGAGUCCGUCAGUUUGUGAUCGAUCAAUCAUCUACUUUCCUGCUGCAUUAUCCGUGUCCAUACAAAAGACUAUUAUCACUCCGUGUACUCGUCUUGCUCCUGAACGGAGCAGAUGAUAGGCAGGGAGUGAAUAAGUGAUGCCGAGUCGCCAGCGGAAACAGCCCGAGAAUCGACGCAGGACGGGCUGCUUUCAAUGCAAAGAAAAACAUGUCCAGUGUACAGAGGAAAAACCGAGAUGUAAACGCUGCGAGCGGUUAGGGUUACAAUGCGUCCGAGGCAUCAGACUACUUUUUCGUGAAGAUGCGAUUGAGCGCGGCAUUCAUUUCGGAAGAGAGGGCACUUGGUCAAAACGAAGCAAUCGAAUCAAGAAACCGCCCGUUCUCGAACUUGAUAACGACUUCACUGGAGUUCCCCUGGAUCAGUAUUUCGGAAAAUGGAUCUGGUUGAAUACAACAUACGAGGAUUUUACAGGCAAAAUAAAUCAAUGGGAUGAUGGAGAGAAUGAAGUGGGCCUAUUAUCGCCCAUCGAUAAUAGCGCUGGGCGCCUGGUACUCGCUUCUGCGCAUCAACAAGUAGUCGACCAAACAUUAAAGACACGGACCUUGGGAAAUCCGUUGAGCUAUUAUGACUACUCCGAAGCAUACCUGCUAGACUAUUUUAUCAAUGCGAUUGGUCCGAACUGCUCAUUGAGUUCGUCGCAAAAUCCAUACAUGUCGCUGAUACCACUACUCUCCUAUACGACAUUUCGAAACACCAUCCUCGCCGUAUCAGCGAAUCAGCUGUCCUUAUUGGGAGAUACGAGAUAUUCUCGAGACGCAUACAUGUUUAAGCAAAAAGCACUGACGGGGUUGACGCAAGUUGACACGACGAGCACGGCGGAUUUCGGCGUGGUGGCUUCUGUGUUGAUGCUGUGCUUUCACGAUAUUUCGGCUAACUGCUCACCUUCAUGGGUUACUCAUCUACGUGGAGGACUUGAUAUGACAAAGUAUCUCCCCACAGGAUCGGCGCAGAUGGAGUCUCUGAAACGGUUUUUCACCAUGUAUUUUGUUGCUCAUGAUAUUAUGAGUCGCACAGCGCCGCUUGAUUACGAGGAUGAGCCGGAGCAUGAAUGGUUGGAGAAUGAUGAUCUUGAUGAGAUUGAUACUACUGUGGGUUGUUCUCGACGUCUAAUGACACUUGUGAGCCAGACAACUAAACUGGCUCGAGAAAGGCGCAAGGUUGGAGAUAUCAACAACAACUUCAUCAAAAGAUGCGAAGACGUUGGGUUCGACCUAGAAAGUCUACACCAGAAACUUCCGGCACUGUCGACUCCCUCGGAAAGCUUCAUUUUACAGACUGCCGAAAUCAAAAGACUAAGUGCAUUGCUGUAUUUCACUGAAAGCCUCGGGGAUCUAGUCAUACCAUCAUCGUUAUCAUCUAUAGCGCACAGCGGUCAAUCGUCAUACCAUAACUGCUCAAUGUCUAAAUGCUCGAUUUAUCCCAGUCCUUCAUCCUCAUUUUUAUCCACCUGCUCAGCAUCAUCUUCUUCGACAUCAUCGAAAACCCCCACAGCAGCGAAACAACGUCUUGUCAGCGCAAUAAUCGAUCUAAUUUCAACCUUACCAAACCCAAAUACCGCCUCAGUAAUGUGGCCCUUGUACAUAAUCGGUCACAGCACAGGUCUCGAAGACGAGACUCAACGACGCUUUGUGCUAGAAAGAUUAAGAGCAAUCCAGUCAACCCGAAAUCUGGGCAAUGUGCGUCAAGUGAGGUUGUCCGUGGAAAGGAAUUUCAGGAAAUUGGAUUUGGAAUUGUCGUCUUCUUCGACGGCAGCAGCCUCUUCAAAGUCAUCGAAAAGACGCGAUAGUGUCGCUCAGGGGAUGAUUAUCAGCCUGGCAUGA